AACGUUGGAGAUUAGGUUGCCGUGCAUUUCUCUCUCACUUCAACACUCCACACACACACUCUCUCUUUCUCUCUCCCAUUGCGGCUAGGGUUUUUCACUCUCUCUCAACCCUUCUCUCUCCGAUCUCUAUCUCCUCCUUCGUACGAUGGUAACUAUGCAAGCCUAGUUUCAACCCUGACGCUCGUGUGUUAAACUUGAACCGCGUGUUAUUGUCUUUUUGUUGUUUCAAAGAAGAAGAUGGCCACUACGAAUCCAUUUGAUUUGCUUGGUGAUGACGCUGAGGACCCUUCUCAGCUCAUCGUUUCUGAACAGCUCAAAGCUGCUGCUGCUCCUCCUGCUGCUAAGAAAGGUGCUGUCAAGGAACAGGGCAAGCCUAAUAAGCCUGCUUUGUUGCCUUCUAAGCCAACCCCUCCUGCUCAGGCUGUGAGGGAGUCCAGAAAUGAAGGAGGACGCGGUGGUCGUGGAUUUGGUGGACGAGGAGGUGACCGUGACCGUGGGUUUGGUGGACGUGGAGGUGACCGUGGAUUUGGUGGUGGUCGUGGAGGUCGUGGUUUCGGUCGUGACUACUCAAAUGAUGACAAUUCGUUCCCUGCCUCUGGAGCCCCUGAAAACCAGGGUCCUGUUGAAGAAGGAGAUAGGAACUCAGAAAGACGUAGCUAUGGUGGACCACGAGGUCCCUACCGCGGAGGCCGUCGUGGAGGUUUCAACAAUGGUGAUGCUGGUGAAGAGGGACGACCCCGAAGAACAUUUGAACGCCACAGUGGCACUGGGCGAGGAAACGAUUUCAAGCGUGAAGGUGCUGGAAGGGGUAACUGGGGAACAGAAACUGAUGAAAUUGCCCAGGUGACUGAAGAAGUCAUGAAUGAAGGUGAAAAGAAUUUGGGUGAUGAGAAGCCUGCAGUUGAAGCUGAUGUUGCUGAAGGGAACAAGGAUAGCCCUGCCAAUGAAGCUGAAGAAAAGGAGCCUGAAGACAAGGAAAUGACUCUGGAGGAAUAUGAGAAAGUGCUGGAAGAGAAAAGAAAGGCUCUGCAAACUCUAAAGACUGAAGAGAGAAAGGUUGACACUAAAGCAUUUGAAACCAUGCAGGCCUUAUCGUGCAAGAAAGACAAUACUGAAAUCUUUGCUAAAUUGGGAGCUGAUAAGGAUAAGCGCAAAGAGGCUUAUGACAAGGAAGAGAAAGCCAAGAAGUCUGUCAGUAUCAAUGAGUUUCUGAAGCCAGCUGAAGGAGAAUCCCACUAUAACUCAGGUGGGCGUGGCAGGGGACGUGGUGGCCGUGGUGCACGAGGAGGAGGUUUCCGUGGAAAUUCGUACAGCAAUGUACCUGCUCCAUCCAUUGAAGAUCCUGGGCAUUUCCCUACCUUGGGUGCCAAGUGAACCCUUUUCGCGCAUAUCUGUCCUAUUUUCAGUUUUGGUUUUUCUUUGAUUUUAAUGAACUAAAAGCAGGAAAAGAACUAUUACUAAUUGGAUUUCCUGUUAAUUUUAUUUUAUGGUUUAAAAUGUAAAUUUAGGUUCAUAGCGAUGUUUAUCCCUUGCAGCCAUUUCCCUUUAUCCUUUUAUCGUGUUUGACAUCUUUCAGGGAAAUGGUUGUGGGGGUAAAGACAUAAAUGUUGAGUCUUUUUUCAUAGAUUGACAUCUCAGUUUUGCUUCUAAUUUUUACUUCCUUUCGUUAA